GCCCCUUCUGUACUGUAUGGCCUUGUGAUUGGCUGGGCUCCGAUCGGCAAUGUGAUGUGUUCCCCGCCUUUCUACUGGCCGCUUCUCGCGGCUCUGCGUCUGCAUUGGCCGGGAAAGGAUUUCUGUAGUGCCAGGUACCGGCAUGGCGGCGAUCGGUGUACAUUUGGGCUGCACGUGUGCUUGUGUUGCCGUCUAUAAGGAUGGCCGUGCUGAUGUGGUGGCCAAUGAUGCAGGGGACAGAGUUACACCUGCAAUUGUGGGCUACCUGGAGAAAGAAGUGAUUGUUGGCCUAGCAGCAAAACAGAGUAGAGUUAGAAAUGCAGCAAAUACUGUGGUGAAAGUAAAACAGAUCCUAGGAAGGAGUUCUGAUGACCCACAUGCCCAGAAACACAUGUCUGAAAGCAAGUGUUCAGUGGUUGAAAAAGGAGGAAAACUGAGAUAUGAAAUUGACACAGGGGACAUUGUGAAACUUGUGAGUCCAGAGGAUAUUGCUAAACUGAUCUUCAGUAAAAUGAAAGAGACUGCCCAGUCUGCUUUAGGAUCCGACAUCAAUGAUGUGGUUAUCACUGUACCAUUUGAUUUUGGAGAAAAUCAGAAAAAAGCUCUUGGGGAAGCAGCAGCAGCCGCAGGAUUUAAUAUAUUGCGUAUGGUUCAUGAACCCUCUGCUGCUCUUUUGGCCUAUGGAAUUGGACAAGAUUCACCCAUGGGUAAAAGCAAUGUUUUGGUAUACAAACUGGGCGGUACAUCCCUUUCAGUCACUAUGAUAGAAGUUAACAGCGGAAUAUAUCAAGUCCUUGCAACUAAGACUUACGAUAAUAUCGGAGGAGUAUGUUUUACAGAAGCCUUGGCUCAGUAUCUAGCAUCUGAAUUUCAGAGGUCAUACAAACAAGACAUCAAAGGGAAUGCCCGGGCAAUGAUGAAACUAAUGAUUAGCGCUGAUUCGGCCAAGCAUUCUUUGUCCACCUUGGGAAGUGCCAAUUGCUUUGUGGAUUCAUUGUACGAUGGCAUGGAUUUUGACUGUAGUGUUUCUAGGGCCCGCUUCGAGCUUAUCUGUUCUUCCCUGUUCAAUCAGUGCAUUGAUCCCAUCAAGAUCCUACUGCAACAAGUUGGUGUUAAAGCAACAGACGUGAAUCAGGUAGUCCUGUGUGGUGGAUCGGCUCGCAUACCCAAACUGCAGCAGUUGAUUCGGGAUUUAUUUCCUGAUGUGGAACUGCUCAGUAGCAUACCACCAGAUGAGGUGAUUCCUAUUGGAGCCGCUAUAGAAGCUGGAAUUCUGCUGGGAAAAGAAAACUUAUCUAUGGAAUUAGACACCAUUACUAUUGAGUGCUCUGCCAGCGACAUACUGGUUAAGGAAGCUGAUGAAUCCGGAGCUGAAAAGUUCUCUAUUUUACUGCCAUCGGGUACACCACUGCCUGCCCGUAGACAACACUCACUACAGGCACCUGGAAACUUCACCUCUGUUUGCUUGGAACUGUAUGAGUCUGUUCGAAAACCUAGUUCUACAGAAAACUCUAAAUUUGCACAAAUCGUACUUAAAGAUCUACAGAAGAAAGACAAUGGCGUUCAUGACAUAGUGACUGUACUUACAAUGAAAAGGGAUGGCUCGUUGCAUGUAACUUGCACGGACAAAGACACUGGAAGAUCAGAAAUAAUCACUGUUGAAGACUCCUCUUAAUGUUCUUGAUCAUGAGCUGUACAUGCAUAUGUCAAAGGACAAAUCGGACAUUAAAAAAAGGGUUGAAAAUAUUCUGUACAGUCCAAAUCGGAAAAAAAAAAAUCAAGUCUGCGUUCUGAAUUUACUUCUCUAUUGGACUUUAUUUGUCCCUCUUGUUUUAAUAUAUCAGUGUUUCCCAACCCGCGUGCCUCCAGCUGUUGCAAAAGUACAACUCCCAGCAUGCCUGGACAGCAGAAUUAAACAUGUUGUCCACAACAUUACUGUCAGUUAACCGUGAUCCACAAUGUCUCCCGUUCUAUUUUAAAUGAAAGACUACAGACCAUCCAAAAGGAUAUAAAGAAUAUAAAGUAUUUCAGUAUUCAGAGCUUCAUGUAGGAGCAAAGUCCGAAACGUUAGUCUGUACUUCUGUGUGAACAUCAAGAAAGCUUGUACUCUUUAAGA